AUGGAUUUCCUGCACGACCUGGGGGCGCUGUAUCAGGUGGUGUUUACCAAGGUGGAUACAGUCAACCGAACAGAACUCGAGAAACAGAUUGAAAAGGCAAGAGAUGUGGCACUGAAUGCAAAGCGAAUGAGUAUGAACCCGGUUAUCCAAGUGACGAGUGUGAAAGAACGAUUUGGUAUCAAGGAGUUGCAGCGUCAACUUGUGAGCAUGACAGGGCUGCUAGCAAAUCAGCGUCUAUGA